AUGAAGACGUCGAAAGAACUGUGGCCUGUAUUUGAAAACAAAUACAAAACUAAAGAUGCCAGGUUGAAUAAGUUUGUUGCCGCAAAAUUUUUGGACUAUAAAAUGGUCGAUGGCAAGUCCGUUAUUACCCAAGUCCAAGAAUUACAAGUAAUUAUUCAUGAUCUCCUGGCUGAAGGUUUGUUCAUCAAUGAAGCAUUCCAGGUUUCAGCUUUGAUUGAGAAGUUGCCUCCUUUGUGGAAGGACUUCAAAAAUUACUUGAAAUACAAGCACAAGGAGAUGUCGCUCGAAGAUCUCAUUGUUCGGUUGAGGAUCAAAGAGGAAUACAAUGUUGCUGAAAAGAAGGUUCGUGGAAACUCAAUAAUAAUGGGAGCAAACAUUAUUGAGGAUGCUCCAAAAAAUACUAAAAAGAGAAAGAAGCCUUCAGGACCAAACGUUAACCCAAGUAAGAAGAGGUUCAAUGGAAAUUGGUAUAACUACGGGAAAGUUGAAUACAAGUCUGUAGAUUAUCGUGCUCGAAAGAAAGACAAGAAGAAGGGUCAAGCAAACAUGGUUAAAAAGAACGAGGAUAUUUAUGACUUGUGUGCUAUGAUUUUUGAAUGCAAAUUGGUAGAAAUUCUCAUGGAAUGGUGGAUUGAUUAUGGAGCUACUCGCCAUGUUUGUGUUGUUAGUGAAGCGUUUGCUACAUAUGCUACCGCUGGACUCGAAAAGACGCUUUCUAUGCGAAAUUCUGCAACAACCAAGAUUGAAGGAUGUGGAAAGAUAUUUCUGAAAUUGACUUCUUGCAAGAUGGCCAUCGUGAUUGGUUCAUUAUCCUCAUCCAGUGCAAGCAAUGCUCAGAGCUCUUUUGAGGCUCUUGUGAACUCUGAUGCACCAGAUUUGAGCUCUAAUCUUUCUCAUCUCUUUGAUCGGUUAACUUGCAACUGUUCCAUGCCUGCUAGUCUUAAUUCAGGCUAUGUCUAA